GAACGGCAAGGAAGUUUCCCAGACUGGUCACUCAACUUAAACAGAGGCUACCAACUACCUGCACCUCAAGCCAUGGACUGCAAAAGCCCAAACAUUAAUCCCAGACCUUUGCUACAUCCAGGUUUGCUCUCCUCUACACCAUCCCUACCUUCUUCUUCAGUUUUAUCUAUGCCUCCCAAUGUACCGAUGCCUGCCUCAUUCCUGAGACCCCCUACACUGCUACUGAGAGCUGCUGCAGCAAAUGCUACCUGUAGUCCAAGGGUUACAGUAUCACUAGACAGAGGGUCAGGCAAUGCGUUGUAUCCACGAACACCGAAGUGUGCCCGCUGCCGCAACCAUGGUGUUGUAUCAGCCCUUAAGGGCCACAAACGAUUUUGUCGCUGGAGGGACUGUUCGUGCGCCAAGUGCACCCUUAUAGCAGAAAGGCAGCGGGUGAUGGCUGCCCAAGUGGCGCUUAGAAGGCAACAGGCACAAGAGGAGUGCGAAGUCAGGGAUGUGCAGCACUUCUUGUACCCCGGAGGAGAAAGAGAGACCCCUGGAACUAGGGCUCAGACGUUGCAGAUUAUCAGCCGAGAAGAGAAUAAAGAUGAAACCUCUGAAAAGACUGAACAAACUUAUGAAAGAAUUCCAACAUCGUCAAUUUUUUCCCACUCACUUCCACAACCAUCUCCAAGUGGCAUCGUAAAUGCAUGUCAUAUUUUGAAGUCUGCGGGACCUGAAAAUUCAAACAAAGAUGAGUGUAUUCAAUCUUCGGGAUCAGAGGAGAGAUCAGAAGGUGCUGACAGUCCCAGAUCUCUGUCUUCGUGUGAUUUGGAAUCAGGGAAUGAAUGUGAGUGGCCAAAGGAUCUAAGCGCCUCAAGCUCUAAAAUCCCAGUUGUGCCUUCUAGACAAAGAGAUCCUCUAGAGAUACUUAGGAAAGUCUUUCCAAACCAGAAGCAAAGCUCUCUUCAAAGCAUCUUACAGUACUGCAAAGGAGAUGUUGUUCAAGCAAUAGAAUUUGUUUUAAAUGGAAAAGAAGACAAAAAAGAUGCCAAGGACACUGAAAGCUCUUUAGGCCCAGACCGUAAUGCCUUUACAAAAGAAUCUGCGUUAAAUCUUACUGGGCUUGGAAUUGGUGGUUUCGGCACCAAAUCUGCCUUUUCACCUCUUCACACAAAUCAGUCUUGUGUUGGAAGUGAUAGCAAUAUAUUCAGUUCCAGACUUGGGUUUACUCCUUUAAGGUUAGCUUACUCCACAUCCAACAGGAUACCUGGGUUUAUAUCACCUUACUUAACAUCUGGGCUUGUUCCACCUUUUCCUUUCCGACCUGGACUGGAUUACUCAUUUCCUGGAAUGUUACGGGAUCCAUCCUAUUAUCAGCAUAAAGACAAUGUUAAUCUUACUGGACUUUACUCCAGGCUAAACCAUGAAAACCAGUAGUACUAUUAAAUAAAAUAAAAGUCCCACAGUGGCUUUAAUUUAACAUUAAAACAUUUAGGCAGAGUUGAGUAUGAUUUGUAGACAUAAUAUAGUUGUCAAAACAUUUAUAGACCCUUAUUUGUUUCCUAUGUUAAUAUAAAACAUUUUUUGAAAAAUAACACUAUUCUAUUUUGUAAAUACAUAUAAUAAAAUAAUUAUUAUUGGUUCUAAUUUCCCCU